AUGCCUCGGAAUGAGGAACCUGUACUCGACGAGUUUGAAUGGGAUCACGACUUGGAGGGCUCGGAAGCGCCUACGCCCGUUCAACCUAUUGUCCCUAUCGGCCCGAGAACGAGUGGCUUAUCCCUACCUUCAAGCGUAGGAAGAUUACCAAGUCAGAUUCGUGUGGAACACGCUCGUCCUGCACCAACUUCAGAGCGGACACCUCUUCUGCGCAAAAUCUCGUCUUUGUCUUCUUCUCGUGUUAGUCGUCGUCAGGCUCUUCACGAUGAGCUGGAACUUGACGCGUCGCAGAAAGCUUUAGGUUCUGAAAUAGAAGGUCUGGAUGGUUCACCGUCACAAAAAGUGCGACUCACAAGGAAGAAGUCGUCUACUUCUUCACGUAGCGAGAAAGCUAUUGUAUCAGGGAAGAGUACGUUUGGUCAGACGCUGUUCAAUUCCAUAGCUAUUUUGCUUGGAUUCGGCAUGCUUGCAGAGCCACUGGCUUUUGCGUAUGCUGGCUGGAUUGGGGGCACGAUUUUAAUCAUUUUCUAUGGGACGAUAACUUGUUACACAGCGAAGAUACUUGCACGAAUCAUGGCGGACGAUCCGCAAAUAAGAACUUACGCCGAUAUUGGGAACAAAGCCUUCGGUCAACGUUCUCGUCUUCUUACCUCUUCUCUAUUCUGUCUUGAGUUGUUCACAGUCGGUGUUGUUUUGGUCACCUUGUUCGGAGACUCACUACAUUCCAUCUUGCCAAUCUAUUCUUCUGGAACAUACAAGAUAAUGGGGCUCGCGGUGCUUAUUCCUUCCGUCUUUUGCCCUCUCUCGCUCCUAUCUUAUGCGUCCAUCCUCGGAAUCUUGUCGACUCUACUCAUCAUCGGUACUGUGUUUAUCGACGGUCUAUCGAAGUCGGAAGCCCCUGGGAGUCUCUGGGAUCCUGCUCCGACGAAUUUGGGUAUUGCAGGCUGGGGUGAACUGGGUGUUGCUUUCGGCCUCUUCAUGGCUGGGUUCUCUGGACAUGCUGUACUGCCGUCUCUAGCAAAAGAUAUGGCGAACCCUAAGGAGUUUGAUGAGAUGAUUAAUCUCGCAUUUAUUGCAGCCACUGUCGUAUACACAUGCAUUGGAGGUGGUGGAUACUUGAUGUUUGGGAACUCUGUUAGCGACGAGGUUAGCAAGGAUUUAUUGGCUACUCCCGGUUACAAUGUCUUCUUGAAUAAGCUUGCGAUAUGGUCCCUGGUCAUAAUGCCUUUGACAAAGUUUGCUUUGAGCACUCGACCAGUCAUCAUAACACUGGAGAUUUUUCUUGGACUUGAGGGAAGCGAUCCACCCCAAUUGCGUACUCCUGAGACACCGGGUGGACCAACAACCUCACAAAUAAAACGUGCAGGAUUUGCAAAAGAUGUUCUUAUACUUAUAGAGCGUUCCGCUUUCACUUGUUUAUCCGUGGCAGUUUCGAUUUUCAUUCCGGAGUUCAGCUCCAUGAUGGCGUUCGUCGGGUCAUUUUCUGCGUUUAUGCUAUGUGUAAUAGGGCCAGUGGCGGCGAAAAUCUGUUUGGAGAGAAGAUGUGGCUUGAAAGAUGGGGCUUUGAUGGUUAUUGCUAUUGUUAUGGCCACUUGGGGAACUAUUGCUGCACUUGCUGCAUAG